AUGCCUCCCGCCUCUUCACCCAAACCGACGACGAAGAAGGCCGGAGCGCCCAAAGCUAAAGGCGCUGUGCGCGCUAAGUCUGGCUGCUACACGUGCAGAAUCCGUCGAAAGAAAUGCGAUGAGCGCCCAGAUGCUGAGGGACGAUGCGAGACUUGCCUUCGGCUUCGUCUUCAGUGCCUCGGUUUUGGUGCCAAACGCCCAGACUGGCUCAGAGAAAGCAACAAUGUUACUGAGCUUCGUGAUAAAAUCAAGUCUUUUCUUGCCUCUCAAGGCAUGAUCAAGGGCCAUUCUGGCUCUGGUCCUCGUGCUCCUGAACAGGAACCUCCUACUCUCCAUCUCUCCACCCAGAACUACAACGAACCUACCGAGAGCCCCCCAUCGCAGCUCCUCGUACUUACUGAUGAAAUCGUACGGCAAGGUCCUAUCUCCAACGUCCGUGAAGAGUGGCCAUAUCCUCCUCCUGGAGCGCCCGGUGGUCCUCCAGCCAAUUUUGAAGGCCAUCCCGGUCAUCCAAACUCGAUUCUGCCUCCGGUCGGCCACCCGGCUGGAAACACGCCUUCCUUUGGAGCUCCUACUCAAGAUGGUUUUCCGCACAACGAACCUUACCUGCAUGCGCUUCCCCCAAAUAAUUCCACUAGCUUAGUAAACCCUCAAUGGUAUACUCCAAAUAUGAUACAACAUCCACCAUAUGCAAUUUCGCAACACCAUUUUAUGAUUGUUCCGCCCCCUCUACAACCACCCCAGUCACAGUUACGGCCAAAUGUUCCUCCAACAAUUGUCAGUCGCUUUGGGUCUUCGUACACAGCAGUGUUCCUGGAUGAUCCAACUGACCAGAACUAUCCAUCACAACAGACUCAUCCAACGCGACCACUAACUGCAGACGGUGAUCUGGAUGAGUUGGCAAAUCAUUACAUGAAUACUGUUGCCGCAUUACAAUACCAACUGGCAGACAAAUACUUCCUUCCUCAGAUAUUCAAAAAUGUCAUUGAAAAGGAAGGUGUCGCCCGAAACGCUGCGCGUAUUUUGGCCUUAGUGCAUGUUCAGCGCUCGCAGGCGCCUAUGGCACAAGCGCUUGAAGACGUUCAGACGCGCAAACGCUAUGACGAGCUUCUCCAGAUGUUUAGCUUUGCAAAGGAACAAUUUGACGACGACGAUGCUCUCGCAGCGUUGAACAUCAUAUCCACUUUCCUCUUUGACGGCGGUAACGGUGACUGGGAACGAUGGCUUCAUGUUGCCUCCGUUUAUUCAAACAGCAUCCUAAAUGACCGCAGUCGAUUCCUGGAUUAUCGUGAUGCUCUUAUGAACUCUACAGACAAGGAGCGCUUCAUCAUAAAAACCACCUUCUGGUUUGAUGUCCUUGCCUCUGUGACGACGAUGAAAAAACCCAACUUUGUAGAAGUCAUUCACGAGCUUUACAAUCCUUCCAACCAAAGUGGACUCUCUGAAAUUUCAGAUGACUCUGAUUCCCUUUCCAUGUUAUCGGUUAUGGGUUGUGAAAAUCGCAUCGUCUGGGCUUUGGCAAAAAUAUCCGAGCUCCAUGUAUGGAAGGAACACCGCGCGAAAAGCGGGUCCCUUAGUAUCGUCGAACUCAGUAGAAGAGCUGAAGAUAUAGAAAUGCACCUCGCACCAUCAGUUACACCUCUACGUCCGCGAACCCAAGACGAUGUUCCUCGGUUGUUAGCCUCGGAGGUCUUCCGCACCUCUGCUAUCGUCUAUCUCCGUACUAUUGUCUCAGGCGACCAUCCACUUGUACGCGAAAUCAGCGAAGCCGUUGAUGAUGCUGUUGUCUCUUUGGAGCGAGUGGCUGCCGAGUCCAAGGUCAAUGUCAAGCACGUUGUCGUGCGCAGCACUGUAUUCGCCUUCUUCGUCUGCGCUGCCCUCACCACCAAGCCAACCAAACGGGCGUUCCUUCUCAAACAAUUGAAGGAUGAAGGCGAAGUAGGGAAUUGUCGUGGUAUCCUCGAUCUACUUCAAAAUCUACAUGUAGGGUCGCAAAAGCCCAAGGAAGUUCCUUGGAGAUCGAUACUUCGCGAAUCGAGAAUGCUGCUGGUUUGA